AUGAAGUAUAUAUUAAUAUUAUCAAUAAUUUUUAUUUUUAAGAACAGAAGUGUUGGUGCCAAUGAUAUAUUUCAUUAUGUUACAGAGAAAAUGAGUAACUUUGUUGAUACAAUUAUGUAUACUUUUAGAAAUAUUGGUGAUCGAGUAUCCCAAUUCUUUCAAAGUCAUGUGAAAAUUAUAAAAUCAACGAAAGGGCCAAAAAAGUAUUAUAAAAGUGAAAGAAGCGUGAGUACUCACAAACCCAUUAAAUUCACAACUAAAGAACAUACUACAAUCAGUGAAGUAAUUCCUUCGCGUCACUUCAAAAAGAAAUCUGAACCAACGUCGUACAUGACAGCACCUCAACUUAUAACUUUACAUGGGAGGCGAGUGGAAUCGCAUAUUGUAUUAACUGAAGAUGGAUAUUUUUUGACUUUACAUCGAGUAAUGACACCACAUGUUCAAAGCAGUUCGGAGCUUAGAAAUAAAACAGUACUGUUACAUCAUGGACUGCUUGGAAGUUCUGCUGAUUGGGUUUUACUUGGACCCAAAAAAUCUUUACCUUACCUUCUCUCUAACCUUGGCUACGACGUGUGGAUGGCAAAUGCAAGAGGUAACAUUUAUUCACGUGGACAUGUUUCGAAAAAUACCAAUUCACCAGAUUUUUGGAGGUUCUCUUGGCAAGAAAUGGGACAGUAUGAUUUACCAGCAAUUAUUCAUUAUAUUAGAUUAGUAAAAAAUACUAGCGACCCUAUUAGUUACGUAGGACAUUCUAUGGGAGCUACAGCUCUUCUUGUCUUACUAUCAACUGAACCCAUUUUUAAUUCUUACCUCAGUAUUGGAAUUUUGUUGGCACCACUUGCGUUUAUGGUGAAUAGCCAGGGGCCACUAAGAAUGUUUAGCCCAGUUGCUUCUCGACCACCACCAUUGCUUUUGCAAGUUAUGGGCGAGGGAGAAUUUAUGCCUUCAAAGGAAACUCCUGAUUGGAUGGCAUUUCGACAUUGCACUGGUCCUCAAAUAUUUUGUAAAAAUCCACUACUGUAUCUUACUGGUGGAGUACUUCAAGAACAAUUUUGGGAUGAAGGCUUAAAGAAUAGAGUACUGAAUCAUGUUCCAGCUGGUGGUUCAACUUACACUAUUCUACACUAUGCCCAAAUUGCUAAAAAUGGAAAAUUUCAUAAGUUUGGUGAUAUCAUCGCCGAGUUUCCUCUAAAUAGAAUAAGUUUACCAAUAGCAUUAAUAAGUUCUAGCGACGAUUGGUUGGCUACUGUACCAGAUGUUAAAAGACUUUAUUUCGGUCUUUCAAACCCCAUUGAUCAUCAUGUUAUUAGAAAUAACAAUUUAAGUCAUACAGAAUUCGUAUGGGGACCAGGUGCUGAUAUUUUGGUGUUCAGAAAAGUUAUUGAUUAUCUUCAAAAUGGAUUAAGUUUGAGCGUGAUCAAGUUAAAUGUAGUUUAA